GCUAGGAUUAUAGCUGUGAGCCACUGCGCCUGGCCCCUGAUUUCAGAAAUGUUAAGAAAAGAAGUGUGACUUUUAGUUGAUGAAAUAUGACCACAUAGAAAGAGGUGCAGGAAAUGCUAAAGGUAAUUUGUAAUUGUCCAAUGAAUGGUGUUAUAAAUUUAGAAGAGGUUAAGAACAUUCUCAGGUUGAUUGAUUGAGAAAGGUUUCUUGGGUGAAAUGGAGUCUAUAAUGCUAGGGCUAUUCAGGAUUUGAAUAAACAGAAGCAAGAAGUGGGUUGUUGAAGAAAGCAUGAAACAGUUUGAGUUAGUGAAUAAUUUGAGUGUCGAGAGUAGAGGGAGGGUUAUGUAGGUAAGUAGUUGUGGGAUGGGAAAAGAUUGGGCAAUAUUUAGCAUUUAUCCUUGAUAAUCCGUUUGUGUGUUUUCUAGUGUAGACAUAAGCUAAAGUUGAGAAUCUUAUGUGAAGUCUGGAAAAAUGUAUGAUGGUGUUGGGUGAAAUGACUGUAACAAAGGCAGCUUGUCUAAGCCUGUCUUUUCUUCACUUUCUCAGUGGUAGUCCUGAGUACUGGGUUGGCUGAACCCCACUUAACCAGCGGAAGGACAGAAGGAACAAAAGAAAACAGGGUUUGCGUCGAAGAAGAGAGGCUCUUUCACCAUGCCUGGGUCGCUUCCUUUGAAUGCAGAAGCUUGCUGGCCAAAAGAUGUGGGAAUUGUUGCCCUUGAGAUCUAUUUUCCUUCUCAAUAUGUUGAUCAAACAGAGUUGGAAAAAUAUGAUGGUGUAGAUGCUGGAAAGUAUACCAUUGGCUUGGGCCAGGCCAAGAUGGGCUUCUGCACUGACAGAGAAGACAUCAACUCUCUUUGUAUGACUGUGGUUCAGAAUCUUAUGGAGAGGAAUAACCUAUCUUAUGAUUGCAUUGGGCGACUAGAAGUUGGAACAGAGACAAUCAUCGACAAAUCAAAGUCAGUGAAGACUAACUUGAUGCAGUUGUUUGAAGAAUCUGGCAAUACAGAUAUAGAAGGAAUUGAUACAACUAAUGCUUGCUAUGGAGGCACUGCUGCUGUCUUUAAUGCUGUUAACUGGAUUGAGUCCAGCUCUUGGGAUGGACGGUAUGCCCUAGUGGUUGCAGGAGAUAUUGCUGUAUAUGCCACUGGAAAUGCUAGACCUACAGGUGGAGUUGGAGCCGUGGCUAUGCUAAUUGGGCCAAAUGCUCCUUUAAUUUUUGAACGAGGGCUGCGUGGGACACAUAUGCAACAUGCCUAUGACUUUUACAAGCCUGAUAUGCUCUCUGAAUAUCCUAUAGUAGAUGGGAAACUCUCCAUACAGUGCUACCUCAGUGCAUUAGACCGCUGCUAUUCUGUCUACUGCAAAAAGAUCCACACCAAGUGGCAGAAAGAGGGAAAUGAUAAAGAUUUUACCUUGAAUGAUUUUGGCUUCAUGAUCUUUCAUUCACCAUACUGUAAACUGGUUCAGAAAUCUCUAGCUCGGAUGUUGCUGAAUGACUUCCUUAAUGAUCAGAACAGAGAUAAAAAUAGCAUCUAUAGUGGUCUGGAAGCUUUUGGAGAUGUUAAAUUAGAAGAUACCUACUUUGACAGAGAUGUGGAAAAGGCAUUUAUGAAGGCAAGUUCUGAACUCUUUAAUCAGAAAACAAAGGCAUCUUUGCUUGUGUCAAAUCAAAAUGGAAAUAUGUAUACAUCUUCAGUAUAUGGUUCCCUUGCUUCUGUUCUAGCACAGUACUCCCCUCAGCAACUGGCCGGGAAGAGGAUUGGAGUGUUCUCUUAUGGUUCUGGCUUGGCUGCCACCCUGUACUCUCUUAUAGUUACACAAGAUGCCACACCAGGUUCUGCUCUUGAUAAGAUAACAGCAAGUUUGUGUGAUCUUAAAUCAAGGCUGGACUCAAGAACUUGUGUGGCACCAGACAUCUUUGCUGAAACCAUGAAGCUCAGAGAAGACACCCAUCAUUUGGUCAACUAUAUUCCCCAGGGUUCUAUAGAUUCACUCUUUGAAGGAACAUGGUACCUAGUUAGAGUGGAUGAAAAGCACAGAAGAACUUACGCUCGGCGCCCAUCUCCAAAUGAUGACACUUUGGACGAAGGAGUGGGACUUGUGCAUUCAAACACAGCGACUGAGCAUAUUCCAAGCCCAGCUAAGAAAGUGCCAAGACUCCCUGCCACAGCAGCAGAGCCUGAAGCAGCUGUCAUUAGUAAUGGGGAACAUUAAGAUAUUCUGUGGGGUGUAAGACUUAAGUGUGGGGGUGGGGCAAGGGUGGGGAUAUGGGAAUGGUUGGAGGAAUGGGAUGUCUGGGGACAAUUUUGUUGCUUAAAUUUUUGUGUGACUGACAUGGAGCCUGGGGAGCUAUCGUGUUCUUGGGAAAGUCUUUCUCUCAAUUUGCUGACAUGCUUCCUGUUUGGUCUAGCCAAUGCCAUAUGUGCUCGAAUGAUGAUGUUAAGGGCUCUGUAAAAUUUCAUACCUCUCUGGCCAUUUGUAUGCAUGAAGUUUAAUUUUUAAACAUGAUAUAAUGAAUUGUGUGGUUCUGUCAGAAGAAAACAGAUUUAUUAGUCUCCAAUGUAGAUUUUUUUAAACAUGUAAGAAUUUUAUACUUACAAGAUUGCUGAAAGUCCUGUGGUUCUUUAAAAACGUUUCUAGUUGGGGAAUGUCUUAAAAUGUGAUAUGUGCAGCCUUGUUUGAAAACAUGAGCUUUUUCUAAUGUUAAUAAAUCUUGAGGAAGAAGAGUUGGGGUAAUAAUAUUGGUUCUGGAAUCUAGAAUGUUGCUUUAACUCUAGGCCAGCAGUGACAAAAAUUUUUGUAAUGACCUCUGAGCGGAGAGAGAGACACUACCAUUGAGCAGGCUUCAGGGAUAAAAAACGCAGUGCGUUGGGAGCUAUGGCCAUUGCUCUGGCUGUGCCUCUCAUUCCUGGUAGAUUGUACUGAACAACAUUGAGACAUUUUGAAGGUGUGUAUGAGGAAGUUUGUUUUUGUAAUUCUUCUUUGCACCUUAUUUUAAAAGAUAAAUGAAACAUUUUUCUGACUGCCUUUUUAUAAAUUUAAAAUGGAAAGGAAAGAUGGAGGAGGGCAUUUAUUAGGUUACUUCUGAUGCUUCAGUGUUAAUAAAUUCAACUUACAGACAGGCAACCUGAAUUCAUGGUAUAAAAGAGAUCUUUUCCCCUUUGUGGGGGGUGGGGGGAGAUAGAUCUGUUCAAUGAAAAUGAGGAUAUACAACCCAAGUUUUUAUACAGUCUAACUAGCCAGGGGGAGUAGUCCACUUCAAGACCUGGAAGUAAGAUUUAGAAAGCAUUUUCUCAGACUUUAACCUUAAAAAAAGAAAAAAGCCUGAUACAUGGGAUGAAUAAUCAAAUUGGUUAGACGGUUUUGUAGAUCUUUUUGGUGCUGAACUAUGAUAUGAGCCUUAUAGAUUGUAAAAUAGAGAUAGUUGGAACUAAUGUACAGAACUAAGUUUUUUAAACUUCAUUUGCAGUUAAAUUCUGUGAAGUUUCAGUUAUCUAAAAUAAACAUACACGAAUAUGAAAUGUAAUGUUUGCGAUUGCAAGGUAAUAUGUAAUGUAGUAUGUGUAAGAUACUUUUGUCUAAUAUUAACUAGCAGUAGUUUGACUUGUACAGUCAUAAUUUGUUAAAAUGACUUCAUUUUAACAUCCACUGAUGUAGAUUAAUAAUGUAAGUUCCGAUUUAAAGAAUGGUGGGAAAAUGGUGCAUGUAAUACUUUUCAAGUAUUGAGAGUUUGGUAUGAUUUGAAGAGAGUAAUUUAACUUUUGGAUGCCAGGAAAUGGGUUUUCUCAAAGUCCAUUGCUGGCAAUGGGCAGGCCAGGUAAUACUGGCACAGAGCAUUAACCAUACACCUUAUGAAUGGUGAGGUGAAUAACUUUGAAAUAAAGUUUUAGAGAAAUAUUUCAGA